GGUGCGUCCUACUCCGUACUAGUCCAUCGAUCCAAUUCUUCGUUGAUUGUCCACCUGGAGACCAAAACUAGCAUACUCUCGUCGAUACACACAGAAACUGCCCGCGAAAAAGGCGACGUGAAAAGACGUCCAUACUCAAGUCUCCGAAAAUGUUGUCCAGGAGAGUGCUCUCGAAGGAGGAAGAGUCUGGUUCGACCGACGCAGAAGUCACCAAAGAAGACCAGGACCAGAUCAACACCUUCUCCAGAUUACAUAAUCGGAGCAAAGUGCUGGAGGAGGAAUUAAGCACGAAGCAUAAAGACAAAGAAGACCUCGACGAGCUCUCCACGGAGCUCGAACUUGCCGAUGAAGAUGAAUUAGUCCCGUACAGGAUCGGCGACUCUUUCAUGAAUCUCCCACUCAGCGAGGCCCAGGAGCUUCUCGCGAAUGCAACCACAGAUAUCGAGAAUGAAGUGUCGACGCUGGAAGAGGAACUGAGCACGAUCAAAGACGAGAUUGGCAAGCUCAAAGCGCAUUUAUAUGCCAGAUUCGGCAGGGGUAUCAACCUGGAGGCUUGAGUAAGGGAACGCCGCGCUGUAUCGAGACCUUCACUGGAAGUGUUGACGGUGCACCGAAACCUCAGGGAUCACGAGUGACUUACAACAGCUGGAUCCCCAGCCGAAUUCGCAUUGUACGUGAGAACUGCAAUCAGGCUGGGAGAACUGAAGUGACCCGGCAAUGUUCGCCGAAGUCACAACGACCGUUACCGGCGCCGCGUUUGAAUAGAAAGCCAGCUACUUGACAUGGCGCUGGCCAAGAAGAGAGCGGUCAACUAUGAAGGCAGCUUAACGAGUCGAGCGCAUGCUUUUGCGUGUCUAUCAAAAGUUGGACAAAUGGACUGAUUGACUCGCUCAAAUAAAAUCGC